AUGUUCGGUGGCGGUAAGAACUCCUUCUUGGAUAUUGCUCAGAAUUUACAGAGAACCAUUUCGUCCUCCGGUGGUCAUGAAAAUCUAGCUGCGCCUACGUCUAGCAAUUUGAAGAUUACAAAACUGCCGGAGAAACUGCUGUUGAGAAUCUUCAGCUUUCUAACGCAUCGAGAACUCUGUACCAUUGCAAGAGUAUCAAAACAAUGGCGACGACUAGCCUACGAUGAAUCGCAGUGGUCGUGGCUAAACCUUCGACCAGAACAUGGCGGACUUUCGGUUCCAACAGUAGAAGACUUUCUUAAUCUCGUUAAUCAACGUUCCGGAGAGGGCUUGCGCUACUUGGAGCUCAACAGUGACUUAAUUACUAUUCCAGUUCUGGAGGAAUUAGGAAACAAAUGCACCAAUCUGCGCUAUCUCACACUGGAUUUCAGCAAUGCAAUGCAGCUGCAUGAUUUCAAUGACCUGAUGGCUUUUCCGGGUCUUCUCACCUACCUCUGCAUCUGUCUCAGUGAUGUCAUCUUCAUGGAAGGACUUAUGAGGAAAAUUUAUCCCUGUCUCUCAUCCCUCGAAGUGCUCCAUCUCAUUGGUACAUUCGAACGAGCGGCGGAAGAAGAGGAAGAAAUUUUCGAGGUGGUCAACAUCAGUAAAAUUCGUGCCCAUACUCCAAAUUUACGGGUGAUUAACCUCUAUGGCAUUAGUUUUGUGGAUGACAGCCACGUCGAACUUCUGGCGACCAAUUGCCUUCAGCUGGAAUGCAUCGCCCUUAAUUACUGUCUCAAUGUUAGAGGGGCUGCCUUUCCACUCAUCAUUAACAACUGCAAGAAACUCAAGACCCUUCUUCUUUGCCACUGUGGUAAGCCUCUUCGAAAGGGAUUCUAUGCCGGGUGGAUUAUCCACCGAAUGUGA